AACUUAUCUCAACUUAAACCAUGCGAUAGUAAAUAUUUUGAGAAAUCAAAUGUGUUGUGGGAUGUGGGAUACUUAUAAUUUAAAAAUAUGGCUGUUUCCCAUGGUAUACGGCAGCAAAAUCGAGCUGGUGGACGUCUGCUUCGUAAAAGAAGGGAUAGUGAAGAAGAAAAUGUUUUCUUAGAUUUUAACAGAGAUGGUGGUGAACUAAUACAAGAAAUUUUAUUUAAUGUUGUGAAACAAGAUGUUAAUAUUAGCAGAAAACUGGGCUAUCUCAAUGGAUUUGUUAAGCUCUGUAUGAAUCAUCAGAAUAUUUCAGAACUGGGAACUUCAUAUAAAGAAAUAUUUUUCUGUCUUCGAGUUCCUUUCUUCCAUGAAGCUUGUGAAAUACGUGCUGCAGUCUUGAGAGCUUGUCGUUACUUAUUGCAGAAUACAGAUGCUCUCAAUGCAUUUCUUGAGACUAAACUUCAUUUUCUUGUUUCUCGAUCUCUUGACAUCUUACUCGACAAUCGUAUUGAAAGGAUUCAGGCUCUUCGGUUGAUGAGAAAAGUUUUAAAUAUUGAUCCUCACGGUUUUCCUUGUGCCUUUACUUACUGUUUAGUAUCAAUAGCUAACGAGGGAUCACAAGAGCGUGACAUGUUAAGGCCAUGUUUGGCAACAUUAGCACAACUUACUCUGCUCAAUCCCAGUACAACUAUAAAAGCAAAUGGUGUAAAAGCACUUUUGACAAAUGUGAUUGAUAAUACUCAUGUACAAACAUCUGAAGCAAUACUUGGUGUAAUUUAUUUCCUAAUUAACCAUCCUUCCACUAGAAUGUUAAUGAAAGACGAAUUUGCUCUCGAGAAUUUAUUAGCCCCAUUUACUGAUUGUCAUUAUCGUUCUGCAGACACUUCUGAGAGUUCAACAAGCGAUGAUAAAGACCCUCAUGUGCAUUCCUGUAAGAUGGCUAUUGUGUCUACACUACUGUCUUGGCCUGGUCUUAUCUACUUGUGCAGAUCUAAUUCUUCUCAUGUACAGUCUUUAAUUGAAAUGUUGUAUCUUCCCUAUCCUGAUUUGCGUAAAAAUAUUUUAGAUCUUCUUUACCAAAUUUUUGAUGUACCUGUUCCUGAAUGGACAGAUGAUUUUUCUGCAGCAUUGAGUUCUUCAGAUCCAUCUGCUGUCAAAUCUUCUUGGCAACUGUAUGAAGGUUAUGUUGUUGCAGAAGGAGUUGAUAUAUUGCCUUACUCUUCUAAUAAUAGAAUAAAUUUAGUUCACAACUACUAUGGCCUUUUAUUACUCAUUUUUGUUCAGUCAGGUGUAUUAGAAGCUCUUUCAGAAGUUAUUGUGUCUAGUGAAACACAUUUAGCAGUCAGAGCCACUAUUUUCCUAGGAGAAUUCAUAUAUAUGGCAAAUCAGUUCCUUCCUGCAGAUUGUAGUCAUCUCUCAAAUUGCUUACCCACUUUAAUAUCAUCAGCUGCUGCUUUUGGAUCCUCCAAAGCACAGAACCAAGCAACAGCUGCUUUAACAUGUUUAUUUCGCAUUCACGAGUUGAAAAAGAGAGGUCCUAUCCCUAACAGUUUAGUUCUCAGCAAUAUCCUUCAUAUGUGUAAUCCAGACAGAGGAAAGAAAGGUUUCUUUGUGGGUACUGUUAGCAAGAUUAAAUUAUGGAAAUAUCUAAAACAAGAAAUGGCUGAUGGAAUUGAUCAGGCAAUUAAAGAUACUCAAGUAUUAUCUAAAGACUAUCUCAGUUGGGAUUGGGAUCUUGUGGAUUGUAUUUUAAAGAAUCCAUCUGACUCUUUGAAGAAAUUAGAAGAUGCCAAUCAUCGGAUAUUCCUUAAAAAACUACUAUAUUUUUUCAAACCUAGUAGCAAGGAAUUUUCAGAAAUGGAGUUCGACAAAGAUAACGGACGACAGAUUUGUAUUACUGGCUGUCAUUUUUUGGAAUUUUUCUUAGAGCUUGAUGAGAAUAAAUCACAAGAAUAUUUAGAUGAUUUUCUCAAUGAUCUGAACAACUGCCUGAUUCAGUUGACCAAAGAUGCUGAUCGUUUAAAUUCAGUCCUUAGUCCUAUAAAAGUUUCAAAUACAUUUAGUCAAAUGUACUUCCUAUUUAUUGGAAAAUUAUCCAGCACUCAUAAAGGCUGUAAAUUUCUCAACAGGUGUAAUACUUUUCAAAACCUACUUCUUCUUGUAACCACCACUAAUCAAGAUGUUUACAUAAAGCUAAUAAUUUCUGCUUUGGAUUACACAAAAGAAGGAUUUUCAAGAGCUAUCCUUACUAAAGUUUUAACCGGAACUGAUGAAGCAACUCGUUUGUAUGCAACAAAUUUUCUUCUUGUGUUAUUGAGAGCUAAAUUACCAGAUUAUCGUAAAUGGGCCAUUGAGGUGUUAAUGUAUCAAGUUCAUGAUACUAGCAAAGUAGUUUCUGAUGCUGCUAUGGAUAUUUUAGAUGAAGCUUGUACUAUUCAGGAAAACUUGGAAGCUUUAAUAUCUCUGAGGUCUCCUCUUUUACCAGGAGGUGAUAAAGGUCUGCUUCUUCUCAUGCGUUUCCUGUCUGUACGCAGUGGGUUCAAAUUUUUGCAGGAUUCAAAUAUUCUGUAUCAUGAAAUAAAUCAUUGGCAGCAAGUGUAUAAUCUUAAAUAUGUUAAAAUUGUUGAAGACUUAUUAAAUGAAGCUUUUACACAUCACCGAAGAAGUGAUGACGGCACGUAUGGGAGACGAAGCUCUGAUAUUAGUCAUUCUGUGAAGAAUGUUAACUUGCCUCCGCAUAUGUAUGGACAGCUUGCACAACACGCGGAAGGGUUCGAGGUAUUAGAAAGUGAACAAGUGCUUCCAGAAUUGUACAAUGCAAUACAGUAUCCAAAUUUUUCAUCAGAAGCUGGCAUUUUACAGCUUAAAGCAGCACUAUGGGCUGUGGGGCACGUUGGUUCUCAUUCAUUGGGACUGGCAUCAAUUUUGAAGGAAAAUAUUGUAUAUCACAUAGUGAAAUUAGCUGCUGAUGCACCUGUGCUUUCUAUAAGAGGAACUUGCUAUUUUAUUCUUGGUUUAUUAUGUUCUACGCCCGAAGGUGCUUCUGCUGUUGAAGAACAUGGCUGGGAGGCAAUCAGAAGGAACCAUGAUGAAAAGUGGCCUCUUAUUAAAGAUGAAUACUUGAUAGAGUAUUCACAGUAUAUCAGAAAAUCAACAUGGUCUUUUAGUAGUAUGAGCAGUGAAUGGCAUUUAGGAGCCCUUCCUAUGAACUUGUCAUUUGUUGUACCAAAUUCCCAAUUUGAUUUAAGCAGAAGUCAAAGUGAGAGCUCCUGUAACUCUAAUUCAGAUGUUUUACAGACUUCUUUAUCUAAUAAAAGCUUUGCUGGUCUUAAGUCAUCCGAAGAUUUUGAUGAUCCUUCUUCAUCUGAUGAUGCCCGUCCUCGUUCAUCUUCUGACUGCCAGACUGAAAUGAAAGAUAAUCUACUUUUUCAGGUAGCAGAAUCUUCUAGUUGGGAUGCACUAAAUACUUAUUCUUUUUCUCCACCCAGUAAUUUUAAUAGAUAUGCAAAAAGGAGAAGCAUUAGUACAUCAGAAGUGGAGGCUCAAACACUUGAAUUGAUAGGAAACAGUGAGGAAAGUUUAGAGUUUAAUAAACAGCAGGACAAUUCUAAAGCAAGUUUAACUGAUGUGAAUGUUUUAUCAGGGCCCAUACGGCAUUCCAGUGAAACUACAAAUAUGUUUGCUAGUGACACAUCAGUAAGUGGCUCAUCAAAAUCAUCAGAUAUUUGUACAGAAAGACCAUCUUUAUUAAAACAGCUAUCUCGUGGUCAUAGUGUAUAUAGUAAAAGUUCUGUAUCUCCAGAUAGACCUACUUCACUUUUAUUAACUAGUGCCAGAGAUGCUCUUGGUUAUGCUACUUUGAAAGAAAUUCAACGAAGUCGUGUGAACUCAUUGAGUUUUCAGGAUUCUCCAUCUACAGAUAUUGAUUCUUCAUUGCAGCAUCUUAAGUCAUUGAGUUUAGAUGCACAUGGAAUCAGGAGCUUCAACAUUGCCCAAAAUAUGUUUUUUCAUGAAAGUGAAGAUGAUACUUUAAAAUCUUCUAACCAUCACCAAGAUUCUGGAAACAGUGCUUCUGAACCUCGCUACAUUGGUCUAUGCCUUCCAUCUGACCUAGAUUUCCUUUUUAAUGUGCCAAAACUGUACAAUAAAAGCACUGAAGAUAUUCAAGAUGUGAAGUUAUCAGAUGAUUUGCCAUGCACGCUUGAUGUCAUAUUUGAGUUCCACACAGAAAAUAAUUGUUUUUGUAAUCAUUCUUUCAAUGAUAAGAAAUGUUUGCAACAAAUAAUAAUUGAUGAAGAGACAGAAGAAACUUCUGGAAAGCCUGUUCAUUGUGUCAAUGAAAGGCUGAGAAUGCCUUUAGAUAGAUCCAAUUCUCUUAAAGGUAAGUCAAAAGAGGAGUGUCAAAGCAGCCAAAAUUUAAUUCGUAAAGAAGCUAUGCGCUUUGUUAUCAAUCUGUGCAGUUCUGUAGCAGUUAAAGCAUCUGAGCAAGGGUUGUUAAACUUAAAGCAGAAAUUUCCUAAUGCUUUUCAAGAUAUUUGCUUGUAUUCAGAAAUAUGCUUUUACAUGGCUAACUACAAUUUUCGACUAUCGGCACGUAGAUUUUUACAGGAGCUUUUUUUAGAUGUAACAUUUGAACAAUUGCAAUGGGAGGCGGAAGCCAUCGCUGGUAUUAUUAGUAUGCCACAGAUAAGUACAAGUGAAGUCUGACAUUCCUCGCUGUAUUUAUUUAUAAAAUCAUGUUACAAGUACCUAGUCUUCCCUGUCCCAUAAAUUAAAUGUAUGUACAUAAUAAUAUAUACAUAUGUUGAACAAAUUAUUUUGGUCCUUGUACAUUUUGUUUUUAUGUUGAAUAAUGUAAGAAGUCAGUGAUUGAGAAUUGAUGUUCCUUCAUCCAUGUGAUGUCUUAUUAGAUAUUUCCAUUGGUUUUAAAAGCUUUAAAAUGUGGCAAGUUGGACUGUUGACUCUUCAUAAGAUGUUUUAUAAAAAGAAUUUUAUUUUUUGAUAUUUGUUAUUGUAAAAAUAAGAAAGAAAAUAUUUAUUGCAGGCUUCAGAUGAGUUGAUAUAUUAGUUCUGAAUGGAAUAAAGAUUUUUACUUCUGA